AUGUCUCUAGCCAAAUCUCUAGUUCUCAUGACAGAGGAGACGCCAAAGGAGCUGCCCCACUAUGCCCGUCCCACCUAUGCCUCUAUCCGCAAAUCCAAGACAGGCAGCCCCAGACCCGAGCGUCCUAGGACGGUACGCACUAGACCCCCAACGGGGAUGGAACUGAAGCUGGGCUCACCCAAAACGCUUCAGCCGGAAAACAAGUCCUCCAAGAUCCGCCAGGGAGUGUGGAAUCUGUUCAGAAAACCGUCCCAGGAGACAGAAAAACCCGCUUCCGGCGAGGAAAACGAGGAUCACCACGGCGAGCCAGGAGACCUGAAAGACAAGGUCUUCGCUGCCGUUGCACCCAAAAAGUCGGCCACAGAUGAGUCUUAUUCCGUGUCAAUUUUUGACGACUACGCACACCAAAACCCAGAUAUCAUCCAAGUGGCCAACAAUCUCGCCAGACAGGCCCAGCUGGAAAUAGACCAGAGCGAAAACAUUUAUAGAGGCGGCCCGCUGCAGAAGCUGAGCAUAAACGAAUAUUUCGUGCCCCCCGAGGUGCUCUUCAGGUCCGUGGGCGACCGCACAUACAUCCCUGUGGCCGAGUAUCUCGACCUGUUGCACAAAUACGCCAGCCUGUGCGACCGGCUGAAGCACACGGCCGGCGGUCACGUGACUGGCCUAUGA